AAUCAGGAAGCGGAAAUGUUCAAUAUGAUCGCGACGAUGAGAGUGUUCUUACUCUGCACGAUUUCGAUUCCUUCACAAAUUCUUGGAAUUUAGUGCUACCUUGCAAAAUCGUCAAUAAUUCGAUUAUGAUCUCUGCGACAAGGAUACAUACCUGAUCUUACACUAAAUCAAGUUAAAUAUCGCCCGAGGCAUCACCACGAGGUCAUCCUAAAGAAAUUUACCGUUCGCAAGUAAAAGACAAUUUGGAUUUCAAAGUGUGCCUGGGAGAAUCCUUCCGAAUGCAAGAGAAAUGGCGUUGGUGAAUUUCAGUUUGCCAUAUCAGUCGGUUACGAUGGCACCGUUUCUUUACGCUGGCUCAACCGAAGGCUACGCGACCGCCCACAGUUUUCGUUUGAACACCAUGUUACCUUCGGGAUCUACGAUCGGUUACGAUGAACAAGAAAGCUUUCGUAACGAGCCCUAUACUCCGCCGAUCAGGUACCAUCAAUAUCAACGUAGUCAAUCUACGCAGCAGAAAAAUCAUGAGGUUUAUAUGGAACACACGACACAAGAUACCUUUUACAAUAUGUAUAAUCAGGACCUUAGAAGGACGCGAUCAAGGCAGCAACAACAACAAAUGAGACCGCCAUCGCUUCCCUCAUCAUUUCAGUAUCAGCAAUCGCCUGAACACAUCAAAACUCGAAUAAAAGAUCAACAAAAUCAGCCAGAAAGACCAAUCAGGUAA